GACAGAGCAAUGCUAUUGGUUGACCGUUAUAACAUCAAGCGUGAUAGAAAUAUUUCUCUCGCAGUCUAAGAAAUAGAGGUAGAGACCGAGACAGUAGACUCAGGAAACACAUUCAGGUCUGUUUUCAAAAAGAUCAGAAGAAAGAGGACUUAAGAAAGAAAGAAAGAAAGGCAAAUGAGAAAGGGGUAGAUAAUAGAAAGGUGGACUAAUUAACUUAUGACUUCUGAGGGCUGUGGAGAUUUUUGCUUAAGAAGAGAAGAGAUUUCUAAGUCAGAGUAAAUGCGACUCAACAUGUAGAUUCUGCAGGUUCCUGGUUAAAUUCCCCCCCUUUCCCCCCCCCCGAGAAUUUAUUACCCUGCACGUCAGCAAAGACAAAUCUCAAUGAUUUUGGAGAAAUCUGAGGGAUGCGUCUGAGAGAAAGAUGCAGAGCAGAGAAUUGUGACAUGGUGCCGACCCAAAUUGACAGAGACGAGGACAGAUUGGACUGUUCAGUGGCAGACACGUCUCCAACCAGACACAGACUCCUCCUUGCAUCGGAGGGGGAAACAGACAAUAACCUCCACUAAAAGGAGGGAGGGCAAUCGCCAGAUAGAGAAAGAGAGCAGGGGAGAAAUCCCCUCUCUCUCUCUCGACCCAUCUCGUCGUCAGGCUGGCGGGCUCUGCCGUGGCAUUCACCUUUGCGGCCUUCUGCUACAUGCUCACCUUGGUGCUGUGCGCUGCUCUCAUCUUUUUUGUCAUAUGGCAGAUCAUUGCAUUUGAUGAGCUUCGCACAGACUUCAAAAACCCCAUUGAUCAGAGCAAUCCCACCAGAGCGAGGGAAAGGAUUCUAAACAUUGAAAGGAUCUGCAACCUUCUCCGCAAAUUGGUGGUACCGGAGUACUCCAUCCACGGGCUCUUCUGCCUGAUGUUCAUGUGUGCUGGAGAGUGGGUCACACUUGGCCUAAAUAUCCCACUGCUCUUCUACCAUCUGUGGAGGUUUCUUCAUCGGCCAGCUGACGGGUCAGAGGUCAUGUACGAUCCCGUCAGUGUGAUGAACGCUGACAUUCUCAAUUACUGCCAGAAGGAGUCCUGGUGUAAGCUGGGCUUUUAUCUGCUCUCUUUCUUCUAUUAUCUCUACAGUAUGGUCUAUGCCUUGGUGAGCUUCUAACAGACAGGCUGUCUGGAGGAAUAAAAGGAAGUAUGUGGAAUAAAUGGAGACAUCAACUCUUCCUCUCCUUAUGUAUCCUUCCCAUCACUGGCUUGGGUUCUCAAAAACCUAACCCUGGACAAAACAAGAAGACCAAUCUGUGUGAUAAUGUGAAUGUAAAGGCCUCCACUUGAUUAUAUCGCUUCGACCUAGAGACUGCUGUUGGACAACUGGACACAGUUUUGAAGGAUUGAAAUGAAACAGAAAGAGGACGCAGCAGGUGUGUUGCCUUUGACCCAUUAAAUUAACAAUAUAUUUCUGAAGGGCUGGAGCUUUCCCAUGCUGCUCUAACUGAUCCAGUCGCUCAACUCACUGUGAAGCUCCAAACACUUAGGGGCUGGAAAACAACAAAAUAUGUCUGUAUUGUUUGACUUUGAGGAUUAUUUUGGUAUCAUUCCAUGUAUUUAGGAUGAUAGACACCUCAAAUAUCAAACCACUGCUGAUUGUGGUACAGUUACAUACAACUGGAAGAAACAGGUUCAAUUGUACAGGAGGACUUUACACUGUAAGAAAUGUAGAAGGCCUGGCAGGGGAAUAACAGUUUGGUGUGUGCACUUUUAACCAGGACAGAGAUAAAGCAUAGACCAACACAACAUCUCCUUGAAGCCAACCUCUGCCAAAAGUCAAAUUCCACACUGUAACAAAAACAAGGAAUUAAUCAUAAGUUUGACUGCAAGGGUCAGUGCUUGUAAUGUGUGUUCAAAAUAAGUAUGUCCAUAGCUGUAAGGGCGUAUUUCCUGCUAGGUUCAUGCUUUCCAAAGAGCAUCAUGCUCAGACAUUUAAUGCCAAAAGUUUUUAUCUGAAAAACAUUGUGCCAAAUUAAAAGUCAGUUAGAGAAAAGUGACAAGGCAGUAUCUUCAUGUACAUGCAAAGGCACUGUCAUGUCUUUAUCUUCACUUAGGGUAACACAUUUAAUUUUGGUACAAUGCUUUUUUUCUUGAUAAAAAUAGAAAAAACUUAUUAUUAGUUCUGUUGAUUUUUAGUGUGCAGGGAGCGCCUUAUUCCUAUUUCCAGUUUACUCUUACUCAUCUGCAUCUAUACUAUAGUCAUUUUAGCACAGAACCUUUUCUCCGAUCCGAGGUAGAAUAUAGAAAUUUCAUGUACAAAAAGCAAUUAAAAACAGCAAACUAUCAAUGUGAUAUGAUAUUCAGUGUAUGUAUUAGUGAGUGGGACACAAGUGGCAGAUGAGACAAUAAUGACUCUAUGACAAUGUUUCCGUUAUUUCAGAAGUGUAAAAAUAUGAAAGUCAUCUCAAUACGUCUACUAUCAUACAGUUUCAGAAGGGACAGACGUAAGACGUUAAUGUUGCUGAUGACCAAGAUCUGUAACAGCGAAGCCUGUCCUCAGCUGGUGCUGCCUUUGCUAUCAUGUGUUCAUUAGUUUGAUCUAUUAGUAGAUAAGUGAUGGUUCAAAUGUGUGAUUUUAACAUCAGUAAAGUAACAGAAAACUCUGGAGCCUGAGAACAAACUGUGAUGUUUGUCAUACACCGGCUUUACAUGUAGUAAAUGGUAGUGAUGACACAUCUGGUAUAAGGUGUGGGACUCACUUAGGACAAUAAGGUCUUAUUGAAGCCUACUGAAGUAGUCUCUAAAAAGAUUUAACACUAGUUGUGUCACUGGUAUUAAGGAUUUCUUUUUCAUUCUUAAACAGGCAAAAUAACUUCUGGAAACUUAAAUAGAGAACACAGAAUACUUAAGAUUAUUGCUAUUACUACACAAAUAAUAUAGCUGUACAUUUUGUGUAUGUUGGCAUAUUAAUGACUAGCUUUAACUACAUUUCAAUUGGAAGCAAAUAUGGAUACCAAUGUGAAUCAAAUAGCAACAGGCUGGCAUUAUUCUAUUUUUAGUUAGUGUCAAUAAAUCCCAUGAAAUGACUAAAACCAACAAUGUGUUAAUAUUUUGGACUUCCCUAUAGUCUGUGGCACUCAGCUCCAAUCUGUUUCUACUAAAGCUUAAAAAACAGGUUACAAAUAUAUUGUGUAAACUUAAAGGUUAAAUCAUUUCCUCAAACAGCUUGGCACUGUAGUUUUUCAGAAAUGUCACUCAAAGAAGAUUAAAUAGAGCAUUUCUUGGGGACUAUUUUCAGCCGUGGAUUGAUACAUGUUUCCGCGCUCAUGAGUAUUUACAGCAGCAGGACGGUGUUUGUUGAAAACAAGAAAAAUAUGGAAUAUCACUAGUCUUAUUUUUUAAAUAAGAGUUUUAUUCCCAAUCAAAAUAAUGUUCAAAAUUCAUAUGUAGUGACUGAUUCAUACAGUACAUUACAUAUGUAAAGUACACCAAUAAAAAAAAACACACACACACACACACACACACACACACACACACACACACACACACA